AUGAGAUACCGACUGCACCUAACUGUUCGGAUUUAUGAACACAUUCGACUUAAAGACAGGUUUAGGAAGGGAACUCAUUCAUCAUCUGGGGACUUCUCGCCGCGGUUUCUGGUGACAGCCCCCGGGAUCAUCAGGCCAGGAGGAAACGUGACCAUUGGGGUGGAGCUUCUGGAACACAGCCCCUCGCAGGUCACUGUGAAGGCGGAGGUAUUGAAGAUGGUGUCCAACCGCACUAUCCCCGUCCUAGAAGCAGAAGAAGUCUUUGAAAAAGGCUCGUUCAAGAUGCUUGUUCUCCCAUCUCUCCCUCUGAACAGUGGAAAUGAGAUAUAUGAGCUACAUGUCACCGGUCGCGCCGAGGAUGAGAUUCUGUUCUCUAACAGGACGCUCCUGUCAUUUGAGACCAAGAGAAUGUCUGUCUUCAUCCAAACAGACAAGCCCCUGUACAAGCCAAAGCAAGAAGUGAAGUUCCGUGUUGUUACACUCUUCUCAGAUUUCAAGCCUUACCAAACCUCUUUAAACAUUGUAAUUAAGGACCCCAGGUCAAAUUUGAUCCAACAGUGGCUGUCAGAAGAGAAUAAUCUUGGCGUUGUUUCCAAAACUUUUCAAUUGUCUUCCCACCCAAUAUUUGGUGACUGGUCCAUUCAAGUUCAAGUGAAUGACCAGACCUAUUACCAGGCAUUUCAGGUUUCAGAAUAUGUAUUACCACAAUUUGAAGUUACUUUGCAGACACCAUUGUAUUGUUCCUUGAAUUCUAAAAGUUUAAAUGGUACCAUCGUGGCAAAGUACACAUAUGGAAAGCCAGUGAAAGGAGAUGUAACACUGACUUUCUUACCUUUGUCCUUUUGGGGGGUGAAGAAAAACAUUACAAAACAUUUUAAGAUAAAAGGAUCUGCAAACUUCUCUUUUAAUGAUGAAGAGAUGAAAAAGGUCAUGGAUUUUUCAGAUGGGCAUUAUGACCACAUGGAACUUUCUUCUCCUGGGCCGGUCGAAAUCUCAGCCACAGUGACGGACUCACUCACAGGUAUCUCGAGGAAUGCAAGCUCCAAUGUGUUUUUCAAGCAGAAUGAUUAUAUCAUUGACUUUUUGGAUUAUGCUAAUGUCUUGAAGCCAUCUCUCAACUUCACAGCCACUGUAAAGAUAAUUCGUUCUGAUGGCCAUCAGUUGACUCUUGAAGAAAGAAGAAAUAAUGUGAUAAUAACAGUGACGCAAAGAAAUCAAACCUACUACAGGAGCAGAUGGAAUACUAGAAACCAGGAAGGAGUUGUCGAGAUCAUGAAUUUCACUCUUCCCUCAAAUGGAAUCUUUAAGAUUGAAUUCCCAAUCCUGGCUGAUUCCAUGGAGCUUCAAUUGAAGGCCCAUUUUCUUGAUACUGUAAAUAGCAUGGAAGUUCAUGGUAUGUUUAAGUCUCCUAGUAAUACAUACAUCCAGCUGAAAAUAAAAAAUGAAAAUAUAAAGGUGGGAUCGCCAUUUGAGUUGGUGGUUAGUGGCAACAAACCAUUGAAGGAGCUAAGCUAUAUGGUAGUAUCCAGAGGACAGUUAGUAUCUGUAGGCAAACAAAAUUCAGCAACCUUCUCUUUAACACCAGAACAUUCGUGGGCUCCAAGAGCCUGUAUUAUUGUGUAUUAUAUUGAAGAUGAUGGGGAAAUUGUAAAUGAUGUUCUAAAAGUUCCUGUUCAGCUUGUUUUUAAAAAUAAGAUAAGCCUCUUUUGGAGUAAACGGAAUGCCGAACCAUCUGAGACAGUCUCUCUUAGGGUCGCUGUGACACAGCCUCAUUCGCUAGUCGGGAUUGUAGCUGUCGAUAAAAGUGUGAAUCUGAUGAAUGCCUCAAAUGAUAUUACUAUGGAAAAUGUGGCUCAUGAAUUGGAACUUUACAACACAGGAUAUUAUUUAGGCAUGUUCAUGAAUUCUUUUUCAGUAUUUCAGGAAUGUGGUCUCUGGGUAUUGACAGAUGCAAACCUGGCGAAAGAUUACAUCGACGGUGUUUAUGACAACCCCGAGGUGGCCGAGAGGUUUGUGGAGGAGAGUGGCAGUUACGACGUCCUAUAUUCUCAGGAACUUUCUUCCGAGAACAGCCCACGUGUCAGGAAGCAUUUUCCAGAGACUUGGAUCUGGCUAGACGCCGACAUGGGUUCCAAAAUUUACCAGGAAUUUGAAGUUACUGUACCUGAUACUAUCACUUCUUGGGUGGCUACAGCUUUUGUGAUCUCGGAGGACCUAGGUCUUGGGCUGACCAAUGCUCCCGUGGAGCUGCAAGCCUUCCAACCAUUUUUUAUUUUUUUGAAUCUUCCCUACUCGGUUAUUCGAGGUGAAGCCUUUGCUUUGGAAGUCACCGUAUUCAAUUAUUUGAAAGAAGCCAUGGAGGUUAAGGUAAUCAUCGAGGAAAGUGACAAAUUCGAAAUCCUAGGUUCUUCAAAUGAAGUAAAUGCCACACGGCUCCAGCAGACCAUACUGGCUCCCCAAGAGGAUGGAACAACUGUAAUUUUCCCAAUCAAACCAACACACCUGGGAGAGAUUCCUAUCAUAGUCAAAGCAGUCUCACCCACAGCUUCUGAUGCUGUCACCCAGAAUAUUUUAGUAAAGGCUGAAGGAAUAGAAAAAUCAUAUUCACAAUCCAUCUUAUUAGACUUGACCGACAACAAACUGAAAAACACCCCAAAAACUUUGAGCUUCUCCUUUCCUCCUGAGACAGUGAGUGGUAGUGAAAGAGUGCAGGUCACUGCAAUUGGAGAUAUUCUUGGCUCUUCUAUCAAUGGCUUAGCCUCAUUGAUUAGGAUGCCUUAUGGUUGUGGGGAACAGAACAUGAUAAAUUUUGCGCCAAAUAUUUAUGUUUUGGAUUAUUUGACUAAAAAGAAACAACUGACGGAAAAUUUGAGAGAAAAAGCACUCUCGUUUAUGAGGCAAGGUUACCAGAGAGAGCUUCUCUAUCAAAGGGACGAUGGCUCUUUCAGUGCUUUCGGGAAUGAUGACCCUUCUGGGAGUACUUGGUUGUCAGCUUUUGUUUUGAGAUGUUUCCUGGAAGCGGAUUCUUACAUAGAUAUUGAUCAGAAUGUGUUACAAAGAACCUACACUUGGCUCAAAGGACAUCAGAAAUCGAAUGGUGCAUUUUGGGAGCCGGGAAGAGUGAUCCACAGUGAGCUCCAAGGGGGCGCUAAAAGCCCGCUCACACUUACCGCCUACAUCGUGACGUCGCUCCUGGGGUACAAAAAGUAUCAGCCUAAUAUUGAUGUGCAACAGUCUAUCCGUUUCUUGGAGAUGGAGUUCAGUCAAGGAAUCUCAGACAACUACACUCUGGCCCUUGUGACAUACGCACUGGUGUCAGUGAGGAGUCCUUUAGCCCCGGAAGCUUUGGAUAUCCUAACUCAGAGAGCAGAGCAAGAAGGAGACAUGCAAUUCUGGGUGUCAUCAGUGUCCACACUCACGGAAUCUUGGCAGCCAAGGUCUCUGGAUAUCGAAGUUGCUGCCUAUGCACUGCAUUCCUACUGCUUGCAGUUUCAGGUUCCUCAGGGAAUUGCAGUCAUGAAGUGGCUAAGCAAGCAAAGAAAUAGCUGGGGAGGUUUUGCAUCUACACAGGACACCAUUGUGGCCUUGAAAGCCCUUUCCGAAGUUGCAGCCCUAACAAGCACAGAAUGGACAAACCUCCAAGUGACAGCGAUGGGGCCUAGUUCCCCAAACCCUGUAAAGUUUCUGAUUGACACACAGAAACGCUUUCUGCUUCAGUCAGCAGAGCUUCCUGUGGUGCAGCCAACUGCAAUUAAUAUUUCUGCAGAAGGUUUUGGAUUUGCUAUUUGUCAGCUCAACGUUAUUUAUAAUGUGAAAAAUUCAGAAUCCUCUAGACGACGACGAGCUCUCCGGAAUCAAGAAGCCUUUGAUUUAGAUGUUGCUGUGCACGAUGAGGAGCAUGAUGGGAACCACUUGAAUCUGAGUGUUUGCACAAGGUUUUUAGGACCAGGUGGGAGUGGCAUGGCCCUGAUGGAAGUUCAGCUGCUCAGUGGCUUCUCUGUGCCCUCAGAGGGGAUUCUCCCGAGUGAGACAGUUAAGAAAGUGGAGCAUGAUCACGGGAGACUCAACCUGUACUUGGAUUCGGUAAAUGAAACCCAGUUUUGUGUUGAUAUUCCUGCUGUGAGAAACUAUAAGGUUUCAAAUACCCAAGAUGCAUCGGUCUCCAUAGUGGAUUACUAUGAACCAAGGAGACAAGCGGUGAGGAGCUACAACGCCAAGACGAAGCUGUCCUCCUGCGACCUUUGUGGGGACGUCGCUGGCUGCCGCCUGUGCAAGGAUGGAGCUGCAGGCGCCCCCCGUCACUGGUGGGCCAUUUCAGCCCUCUGCGUCUCGCUUCUGUGCUCUUUGCAGCGUUGGCUGUGAUUUCUUCCUUAAGGACUCGGGCUCACACUAACAUUUCCAGAAAUCACAUGCCUUUGCUUUGUUUUCGUAAUGAAUAUGGCUUCUAUAUUGAAAAACACGUUUUCUCUUUUUUUUUUGUAGGGUUAGGGCGGGGGAUGGAUGAUGAUCUGUGUAUAUGUAGGUGCUAGUACACGUCGCUGCAUACGUUUCUUCAUCUGGCCUCCACCUGAAAGAAACGUCAAAGUGAUUGCAUUUAUAUUUCUUUAGUUCCCCUCCCGAAAUGUUUCAGGAUCUUUUUUCGUUGUGUGUGUGGUUUGUUUUCUCCAGAAUAAAAAUGUUGAGUGAGA